AAUAUUGAGGGGGUAUACGGAGUGCGACCUUCAUAUGACAUUGGGGUUCUUUAAUUUUGUUCUUGUAGGAAAAUUUUGUGUUUCACCGGUCAAAAGUGCGAAUAUAGUAAAAUAUUUUACAAAAAUGGCUUUGAAUAAACUUGCAAUUGACGCUUUGGACCUUAAUGGCAAACGUGUGCUCAUGAGGGUAGACUUCAAUGUUCCAUUAAAGGAUGGGAAAAUAAGUAACAAUCAGCGUAUCGUAGCAGCCCUUGACUCUAUUAAAUAUGCCUUGGAAAAAAAUGCUAAAAGUGUUGUUUUAUGUUCACAUUUGGGACGUCCAGAUGGCUCUCCAAAUCCCAAAUAUUCUCUUGCACCGGUAGCUGCUGAGCUGGAGAAACUAUUAAAUAAAAAAAUACAAUUUUUGCCUGAUUGUGUUGGACCUGAGGUGGAACAAGCUUGUGCAAACCCUGCUCCAGGAUCAGUAAUUUUGUUGGAAAAUCUGAGAUUCCAUAUUGAGGAAGAAGGCAAAGGGGUAGAUGCCGCAGGCAACAAAAUUAAAGCUGAUAAGGACAAAGUUACUGCAUUCAAAGCUGGCCUAAGAAAAUUAGGUGAUGUAUAUGUUAAUGAUGCAUUUGGAACUGCACAUAGAGCUCAUGCCUCUAUGCUUGGCGAAGGAUUUGAACAGAGAGCCUCUGGAUUUUUACUGAAGAAAGAGCUUGCUUAUUUUGCCAAAGCUUUGGAUAACCCCGAAAGACCAUUCCUUGCUAUUCUGGGUGGUGCCAAAGUAGCUGAUAAGAUCCAACUUAUUAACAACCUCUUGGACAAAGUCAAUGAAAUGAUUAUUGGUGGUGGUAUGGCUUACACAUUCCUCAAAGAACUGAAGGGCAUAAAUAUUGGAAACUCAUUGUUUGAUGCAGAAGGUGCCAAAAUAGUCAAAGACCUGAUGGCGAAAGCUGAAAAGAACAAUGUGAAAAUUCAUUUGCCUGUAGAUUUUAUUACUGCAGAUAAAUUUGAUGAAAAAGCACAGUCCAGCUGUGCCUCUGUUGAAAGUGGCAUUCCAGAUGGAUGGAUGGGUUUGGAUAUUGGACAAAAAACCAUUGAGCUAUUUAAAGAACCAAUCAGGAGAGCUAAAGUUAUUGUGUGGAAUGGACCUGCUGGUGUAUUCGAAUGGGAUAAGUUUGCCAAUGGUACCAAAGCUAUCAUGGAUGAAGUUGUGGCUGUAACCAAAACUGGAGCUGUUACAAUUAUUGGCGGAGGUGACACAGCUACCUGCUGUGCUAAAUACGGCACAGAGGACAAAGUGUCCCACGUCUCCACUGGUGGUGGUGCUAGUCUCGAGCUCCUGGAAGGAAAAGUUUUACCUGGAGUAGCUGCCCUAUCAGAUGCAUAGAGUUUUAGUUCAAAGAGGUAGUCAACAAAACACCAUUGGAAAAUUGUAAGAUGUUUCGAUGAAUUUAUUUAUUAAAAUGAGUGUACUUGAGUUCGUAGAUCGGUCUGUAUAUCUAAAAGUAAAUAUGUGUUUAAACAUGUUCAAAUUGUAUGGUACAGUUAAAAGAUGUAAGUACGCGUUUUAAUGAAUGUAUUGCUUUAAUAAAUUUUGUUUGUGAUAUA